AAUGUGGAUGUGUGCCUAGAAUCUAUUCCUGAAAUGGGAUAUGAUGCCCUCUCAAGCACACCACGCGGAGAAAUAUGUAUAAGGGGCGAUACCUUGUUCUCAGGGUACCACAAACGUGAAGACCUCACCAAAGAGGUCCUGAUUGAUGGAUGGCUCCACACAGGGGAUGUUGGUGAGUGGCAGCCCAAUGGGAGCAUGAAAAUUAUUGACCGAAAGAAGAACAUUUUUAAGCUGUUACAAGGAGAAUAUGUUGCAGUUGAAAACUUGGAGAAUGUUUAUGGUUCUGUUACUGGUAUUGACUCGAUAUGGGUAUAUGGGAACAGCUUUGAGUCUUUCCUUGUUGCUGUUGUAAACCCAAAUAAGCAAGUACUUGAACGUUGGGCUGAAGAAAAUGGUGUACCUGGGGAUUUCAAUUCCCUCUGUGAAAAUCCCAAGGCAAAACAAAGCGUACUUGUAGAGCUCACACGGAUUGGAAAGGAAAAGAAGUUGAAAGGGUUUGAAUUUAUAAAAGCUGUUCAUCUUGACCCCGAGCCAUUUGACAUGGAGCGUGACCUUCUGACCCCAACAUUCAAGAAGAAGAGGCCUCAGUUGCUCAAAUACUACCAGAACAUUGUUGACAACAUGUACAAGGGUGCAAAGUAAGCAAACUGCCUGAAGAUGGUGUUUUCUAAAUUUUAACAGCCCUAAAAAAGGGUCUUCGUUCUUCGAUGCUAUUGCCAGUUUUGGCUUUUUGGCAUCCCACUCUCUGUAUAUAUUGUUGGUUACUUGUACAACCUUGAUGAUUAGUGCUAUACAAAUCAACAAAACUUGCAAACCGAUGUGGCACCAAUCAUGUUAAUUUAUUGGAUUCAAUUUCACUUUUCAUAGUUCUAUUAAUGCAUGCCAAAACCAAAUCUUGUUCAGUUCUA